AUGAUACGACGUACGGGAAUAGCUGGGGAUGUGAAUAGCGUCGGCGUCCGGAUCAGGAUGGCGAGGAGUGGCGGCCGCCGGAGUGCCGGCAGGAGUGGAUGGGGCGGGAGUGGGUGCAGGGGUGGCUGCGGCGACGGCGGAUGGUGGAGGAGGAGCGACGCCGGUAGGUGUUGCGGGGAGGGCGAAGGGAAGCUCCAGCGAGGCUUCAAUCCUCUAGCUGAUGGCCUUUGCAAUUUGACGGGACCACGCCUCACUUACACGACCUCGCUCUGCUAUUGUCAUCCUUCCGAUUCGGCGUGA